CAUUAUGUUAGGGGGUGGGCAUAUUGCCACAACACUUGUCCUUGCUACGUACAAUCGUUCGGGAAUAGGAAACCUCCGAAAUGUUAAGUGAGAAAUGGGUUUUGUGGGUAACGGAGAAAAAAGGUAAAUAAAAGAGGACCUCCGUCAACGCACGACAACUGGUUUGACGCGGUUCCCGGGAGGUUUGUCGUGGAAACGUGUGUCCUGCUUCGCCUGGAAACUCGGAGGGACAGAGACGCAGAAGGAGGCGUCGAUUCGGCUCCAGCUGCAGCAUCUGACGGCGGCGAGACGAGCAACACGCUUUGAUUGGGUCGGCCACAUCCUUGUGUUGCCAUGGCGAUGCGAGAGCUGGUAGAGGCAGAAUGUGGGGGAGCCAAUCCCCUCAUGAAGCUGACCGGUCACAUGACCAAGGAAUCAGGGGCAUGGCGGCAUCGCUCAACCCCUACUAUCCCGCCCACUCCUGUUGAACUUGCAACAGAAGAGGAGCUGGUGAAUGAGUUCCUUCAGUCUCCUCAACGAUCUGCCCACACCUUCGACAUGGGGCAGCUGCUGGAGGAGAUGCAGCAGAUUGACCAGCAGAGCUACAGACAAGCUCCACAGAGAGCUCCAGAUGUGGCAGCGUUGGCGCUCUCUGGUGAUUGGGCGGCUGAGUUCCACUCCGGUUCUGACUCAGGAGGGCUGCUCAAUCUUGGUGACACAGCAGAUGCUGAUUGGACGAAAGAGUUUAUUGCCGUGGCUGGAGAUCCAGGACGCUGGGCGGAGGAGUAUCUGGAGCAGUCGCAGGAGAAGUUAUGGCUGGGAGACCUGGGAGACAAGGAGAAUGAAUGGACAAAGGAAUAUCAACCAGAAGAGGAGCUCAGACAGACGGCCAAUGAGCUCGUCUCAAAGGUCGACGACCCCAAGUUACAAAACACAAAGUUCCUGCGGUUCGUUAGGCAGAUUGGCGAGGGCAGUGUCACAGUGGAGAGCAGAACAGACAGACAGCUCUCAGAUAAGGCUCAGGCCGCGGAGGCUCAAAACUGGGCCUCCAACCUCCACCAGGUGUCGGAGGAUUCUGCUGAAGCCUGGGUGGACGAGUUCACCACAUCAGGACCAGAAUUCCAACAGGCCAAAGCUGCAGUGGAGAGUGACUUAGAUUUCUGGGAGAAGCUGCAGGAGGAGUGGGAGGAAAUGGCGAAGAGGGACGCAGAGAGUCACCCGUGGCUGUCGGACUUCAACCAGCUGCUCACGUCUACAUACGACAAGGGGUACCAGUUCGAGGAGGACAACCCCUACAUGUCCCACCCCGACCCCCUGUCAGAGGGGCUGAAGAGGAUGGAGGCCGGGGACAUUCCAGGUGCCGUGCGGUUCUUUGAAAGUGCCGUCCAGAAAGAACCAGAGAACCAGCUGGCUUGGCAGUAUCUGGGAACCUGUCAGGCAGAAAAUGAGCAGGAGUUUGCGGCCAUCAGCGCCCUCCGCAGGUGUAUAGAGCUGAAGAACGACAACCUGACGGCUCUGAUGGCGCUGGCCGUCAGUUUUACCAACGAGUCACUGCACAGGCAGGCCUGUGAGACCCUCCGUGAUUGGCUGAAGCACAAUCCAAAAUACCACUCUGUCUGGGAGCAGCACGAGAACGAACGCCAGAAGGACGGCGCCAGGGAACGAGAGCAGGAGAGAGAGAGGUUCGGCUCGCUGCUGCCAGAGUCUCUGUUUGCCGACGUCCAGACUUUGUUCCUGCGAGCGGCCAACUGUGACCCGGCCCAGGUCGACCCUCAGCUGCAGUGUGGUUUGGGCGUUCUGUUCAACCUCAGCGGAGAGUACGACAAGGCGGUGGACUGUUUCAGCGCUGCGCUCUCCGUCACGCCACAGGACUAUCUGCUGUGGAAUAAGUUGGGAGCCACACUGGCCAAUGGGAGCCACUCAGAGGACGCAGUAGCCGCCUACAGGAGAGCUCUGGAACUGCAGCCAGGCUUCGUCCGCAGCCGCUACAACCUGGGCAUUAGCUGUGUCAACCUGGGAGCUCACAGGGAGGCGGUCGAACACUUUCUUGAAGCUCUGUCUCUACAGCGCCAGGCUGCCGGUGAUGGGGGCAGAGCGGUGCGGGCGCCGGGGGGCGCCGCGGCGACCAUGAUGUCGGACAACAUCUGGUCCACUCUGCGCAUGGCGCUGAGCAUGAUGGGAGAGAGCUCUCUGUACGCUGCCGCCGAUCGCCGGGACUUGGACACACUCUUGGCUCACUUUUGCCAGAGAGAGGUGGAAGGUGCGACGGAAUGAUCGGCAGCCGGGGGGGGGCUGAUCGAGUGUGAAUGUGUUUUGCUGUAUGGUAGGUGUGAGGCUGAUUGAAUGAAGGUGAGAAUCGUCAGAAACAGAGACACUGUGAACGCUCCACCCUCUGGAAGACUCCAACUCCAGUGCAGAUUUCAGUUUUGGUUUUUUUUUCACACGGCAUCAAAAACUGCAGUGUCAGUCUGGAGAAGGAGAUGACGCAGUAAUGACAGUGUACCUUAAAUUAUGUCAUUUCCUGUUACUCCGUUCAUCUGAGCAGCUGCGUUCAUCAGAACGGUUUCCUCCGUGAAUAAAAUAAUAACUGAGUGGAGACAUUUGUCAUCAUUAAUCUGUCAAAGUUUUAAUUUUUUUUCUGGAGAGCAGGUUGUAAAUUCCAUCUUUCGUGUAAAGGUACAGUUCUGUUGUCGCAAUGCAUAUAAAUAAUGGACUCUUUUUUUUUUUAAGUAAAUGUUUUGAUCCAGUUUGAUUGUCCUCAGUACAAACACUUAAUAAAAUGUAUUAACAUUGA